AUGUUUUCAAAGUUACCUCAGAAGGUCAUCUGGAGGCUCACGGGGAAGAGACCAUCCACCCUGGGCAACAACACCUUGCUGUUGGACUGGCUGCCCCAAAAUGACCUCUUAGGACACCCAAAGACCAGAGUGUUUGUGGCCCACGGAGGCACCAAUGGACUUCAAGAGGCCAUCUACCAUGGAGUUCCCAUCAUCAGCCUUCCUCUGAUGUUUGACCAGGAUGAUAACCUGUUCAGGAUGAGAGCCAGGGGUGUUGGCAAAGUGCUGGACAUUGGCACACUAAACACAGACAACUUCCUGGAGGUGGUGAAGGCGGUGCUUUCUGAGUCGUCCUACAGGGAGAAGGUGCAGGAGCUCUCCAGGCUGCACAGAGACCAGCCCAUGAAGCCUCUGGACCGAGCCAUGUUCUGGAUCCAGUUUGUCAUGAGACACAAGGGAGUUGCUCACUUAAAGACCCACUCCUACAAGAUGUCCUGGAUUCAGUAGCACUCCACUGAUGUGAUCGCACUGUUGCUAGUGUCGGUCAUGAUGAUGUCACUGCUUUGUUCUUUGACAGUGAAAUGUUUGUGUUGUGAAGUGUUUAAUGGGAGGAAAGAAAAACUGGACUAA